UAAAAAGAGGGCGAUUUUGCUUUUAUGGAUUACUUGGAUUAAAAGGUCCCAAACAAAUUUUUGUCUUGAUUAUUAAUAUUGAGAGCUGGUUUCUCAGAAAUUCAUAAAAAAAAAAAAUGGAUCUCCGUAAAUUAAUUUCCAUAGUUUUAAAAAUUAUUUUUGCAAUAUUGCUACUUGUCAUUUUAAUAUUUAAUAUAGUAAUAGAUGUUAAUCGAUCAAAGCUUAUACAUACAACAACUACAAAUGAAAACGUUAAAGAACUCGUUCCACCAGCAUUUUCACUAUGUAGCAAUAAUAUUAAUUUUAAAUUUGAUUGUAAUGUCUACGGGGAAACAUUAGCGAAUUGCGCUAAUUUAGUAAGAAUUGCUAAUGUUUCCAACGAUGAGACUUACAAUUCAUGGUUUACAGGUUGUAAUGUUUUUCAAACCACACAACCGAUGCUUUUCUCCACACCCAAAAGACAACCAAAAGACUGGGCACCUAAUAAUUCACCUUUAUUUGUAAAAUAUUCGUUACAAAAUGUAUCUACUGCAAAUUCGCUCAAAGUUGCAUUCAUGUUGUGGAAUCCAUAUGAUUUAUCUUCUUCUGCUGGACUUGAUACUGAAUUAUCCACAAAAACAACACCACAAAUUUUGAAUCCAUAUCGUUUAGUGCAAAUGGAUGCUAUGAGAGAAAGAGUUUUUUCCUUUUACUGGCGAAAACAUAUUUUUCUCAAUAACACAGAGAAAUUUUAUUUGGAUUAUAAACUUGAACUAGAUGAAUCUACCUCUACAACCGCAUCGGGAUUUGUUCAUUUUAAACCUGCUUCAUUUAAUAUGGAAGUAACUCGUGAACAUAGGUGCUUUCCUGCCUUUUCGGUAUUUAUAAUGUUUAUUGUUCUUUUAGCCGUCUUUUAUACAACUUAUUGGGGAUUAUUUAGUGGUAAAGGAAAAUAUAAAACUUGGGGUCUCGCUCAUAUAAUCACGGGAUAUUACCCUCAACAACAUAUUCUUCCAAUGGAAAAUACUCAAUCAUUGAAACCUACUGCUGACGAUGUUUUAAGAGUAUAUCUUGAUGGCUUAGAUAGGGCAGAAUUUGAGAAAAAGUAAAAUUAAAUGAUAAGAAUUGGAAUAUAUUGACUUUGAUAGUCAAACGUAAUCACGUUUAUAAUUCUCUAAAUAACCGUUUUGUACAUGAUCUACAAUAUCAAUAUAUAUAUUUUUACAACUUGGUUCAUCAAAUCCAAACUUCAAUUUACAAAACAAGUAUUCAACAUGCAAGCCCCACAAAACAAACUUAAGAAGAUCAGAUUUACAUUAUUUUUAACAAUGCUCAAAAGAAAAAGAUGUCUUACUAAAUUUGAUUAACAAUUGUACUUUAGUGCUUGUUUGAAUCACGUGGCCACACUUUAUACAGGUUAAAAGCAUCGAAAAUUCCGAAUAAUGAUCGUCGAGACGUAGGCUAUCGUUACAUUGUUUUCGCCAAAAAAUAAAAAUAUUAAAUCUUACGAUCCUAAAUUUCAAAUAUUAAGAUCAUAAUUAAUAACCAUUGUCCAUUAUAUCUAUUAUUGAAAAUAAAAAGUUUACUGUCAGUUAAAAUCUUCUCG